AUGAAGGUUCGCGCGUCGGUGAAGCGGCUGUGCGAGGCGUGCCGCGUGGUGCGGCGGCGAGGGCGGGUGUACGUGGUGUGCGCGACCAACCCCAAGCACAAGCAGCGCCAGGGGUUUCACACCGAUAUUAUUGCCGACAGCUUAUCUCAUUCAUCAAUCCCACACUGCAACCACCACCACAACAUGACAAGAAACGCCGCCCUUGUGUCCAGCCGCCCGUUCUCUCUCUUCCCUCGCAUUAUUCCCACCCACUCCCACUCCUUGCCCUCCUCCGUCACACCAUCACCAUCAUCAGCAGCAGUGAUGCCACCAGCAGGAGCAGUAGGGUUGGCUGGUUCCCGGUUGUCGGCUCGGCAAAUUGCAGCAAACCUUUUGGGCUUCAAUAGUGCUUGA